AUGGUGUCUCCUGAGUCAUCUCAUUCGAAGCCUCGACAUCGGUCGGUCUGGUGUUUCUCCGAUGGUUUUCUUCACUGCGGUGGUGUUGUUUUAGCUAUAAUGUUAGUUUGCUCAUUUUGGUCGUUUUUCACUCCAACUAUUAACUUCGGCUUCUCCAUUGCCGACCCAUCGUCUAAUCCGGUAGGUUGCAAGGAAAGUGGGUUCGGAGUUAACUUGAAGUCCGACCCAAAAGGCCAGACCUUUUACGACGAUCCAGAGAUGAGUUACUCCAUAGAAAAGCCGGUGAAAGAAUGGGACGAAAAACGCAAAGAGUGGUUAAAGCAUCACCCUUCGUUCGCCGCCGGAGCAAGCGAAAGAAUCAUUCUCGUAACCGGGUCUCAACCAAAGCCAUGCAAGAACCCCAUCGGCGAUCAUUUACUCUUGCGUUUUUUCAAGAACAAGGUCGAUUACUGUAGAAUCCAUGGCUACGACAUCUUUUACAACAACUUGUUAUUGCACCCCAAAAUGAAUUCCUAUUGGGCCAAGUUACCGGUCGUUAAAGCAGCCAUGUUGGCUCACCCGGAAGCCGAGUGGAUCUGGUGGGUUGACUCGGACGCCUUAUUUACGGACAUGGAGUUCAAGUUACCUUUACAAAGAUAUAAAAACCAGAACUUGGUCGUUCACGGUUGGCCAAAGUUGAUUUACAACAGCAAAAGCUGGACCAGUUUAAACGCUGGGAUUUUCUUGAUGAGGAACUGUCAAUGGUCCAUGGAUUUCAUCAACACCUGGUCGAACAUGGGUCCGAUGAGCAAGGAGUACAAAAAGUGGGGUCGGAUUCAACGAUCAACGUUCAAAGAUAAGCUUUUCCCUGAAUCAGAUGAUCAAUCGGCUCUAGUUUAUUUGCUUUACAAAGAAAAAGAGAAAUAUUAUUCUCACAUAUAUUUGGAAAGCCAGUUUUAUUUUGAAGGGUAUUGGGUUGAGAUCAUCGGAAGGUAUGAAAACACAACGGAAAAGUAUUUAGAGAUAGAGAGAGGAAUGCCGAAGCUGAGGAGGAGACAUGCAGAGAAAGUGAGUGAGCAAUACGGUGCGUUUAGGGAAGAGUUCUUGAAGGAGGCUGGGAAUGGGAAAGGGAGUUGGAGGAGACCGUUCAUCACGCAUUUCACUGGAUGCCAGCCUUGUAGUGGGGACCAUAAUCAGAUGUAUGCUGGUGAAUCAUGUUGGAAUGGAAUGGACAAAGCUUUGAACUUUGCUGAUAAUCAGGUUUUGAGAAACUAUGGGUUCAUACACCCGGAUCUACAAGAUUCCUCCACUGUUACCCAAGUUCUUUUUGACUACCCUGCUGAUGAAGGUCCAUGGUAAAAGCAAACAAAGCAAAAGGGUAUGUAUGUUUUUUUAAUUGAAAUAAAGAAGCUUUAGAUACUUAUUUGGUUCCUUCUUUUUAUUAUUCUACAUGUGAAAGGAUUGGUUUUGUGCACUACUUUUAACUUAGG